AAUCAUUGAUACCAACAUAUUUUAAAUGGUACAGCACGGUAUGUUUAGAUAUCAAUACGUCAUUGUCGUUCGUAGUAAUGUUAGGUAGCAAAGUCGUUUCUGUAUCAAGACUAAAAUGAACUUUUAUUUCUACAAAGUCGAGUGUUUAACCUCUGACAACGUUACUCCGAAAAUCUUUCAGGUCCACAUCGUGUGGGCAUGAGCAGUUUCCAUGCUAUUGAGGCAGGUGUUGCUCAAUGAGGACCAAAAGUUUUGUUCUAUUUCUUAUUUGUGUUGUGGCCACCAGUAUAUUUCUCAUUCUGGUAGGCAACCAGCGCCCAUCAAUCCAGACAAUUGUGACAGAAACUCACAAGCAGUUGAACAAUCUAAAGAAUUUCAAGGAGAACUUGGAAAAUGCAGAAGAGAAGAGAUUUUUAGCAGAUGACAAGUAUCUUACUAUGUUAGGAUUUACAGACAGUCCACGACUUUAUCCAGCUGCAAUAUGGAAAAAUACUUCUCUUCCCAUAAUUGUCACUUAUGUAUUGGAUGGACAUGAGCAACAAGGAAUAGGGUUUUCAAGGAAUGUUGCCCAUUUCCUGCCUAAUCAUACAACAUUAAUCUACAAUUUGGGAUUGGGACAGUAUGGACUUCAGAUGCUUCAAGGUCACUGUAACAGUAGUCGAUGCAGUGUUGUGAAUUUUGAGCUCAAUUUCUUUCCUUCACAUGUGGAAGAGGAAAGACUACAUGCAUUUCGUCCACUUGUAAUACAGGAUGCUCUGAACAAGGCUGGUGCUGUCCUGUUUCUGGAGUCUGACCAGCGCCUGAUUACUGGACACUUGGAGCCUCUGAUUCAGCAGGCUUUAAGAGGUGCAGGGGUGGUGAGUUGGGCCACUCACUAUGCCACCUCUUCCCUUACUCAUCCCAAGAUGUUUGAUUACUUCCACACCAAUGCUGAUAGCUUUUUGUUCCUGCCUAUGGUUGAAGCGACAAGGUUACUGUUCUACAACUUGCCUGGUGUCCAUAAUGGCCUCAUACUGCCAUGGGUUCAGUGUGCUCUUACUCAGGAUUGUGUACUUCCAAUUGGUGCACAGUCUGGUGGUUGUCGUUUUAAUAAGAAACCACAGUAUCGUUACUCAGGAUGCCAUCGGUAUGACGGCUCUGCUCUCAACAUUGCCCUUGGGCUUAAAUUUGGGUUUGAUGAAGGACAGUACACAUACAAAGGUCGUGAGAAGUUCUUCAGGAAAGUUGGGCCAGAUGUUGUUGCUGCAGAGAUGGCAGGGUUGGAUGGGAAUGCUACUGAGCCAACAAUUAUGACGAGGGAUGGCAUCUGAGAAAUCUCACUAAAUAUGUAACAGCUGUUUAUCAUUGUUCUGCAGUACUAAUGACUCUGAAGUCCAUUGCUAAAAUAUACUGUAUCUGAUCAAAUUCCACCUGUCAGUGAAAGGAAAUUGUUUCAGUUAUUCAGAAAACUUAAUUGAGUUACUGGAAGUGGGGAAAAAAUAUUUAUAUCAUAACUGUUUAGUAGGUUAACUACUGUUUUUUUUAAUAAGCCACACCAAAUGCUACAGGUUUUCCAUUGUUUUGGCUGAUACUGCCAUUUACAUCUUCAGAGUGAAUGUGUAUUAGAGGGUUUUGGAAGCCUUUUAUACAUCAAGCUGCUAUCCAGUCCAGGUAUAUGCUGGUAGUACCCUAAAAUAGGUCACAAGCCCAUCAUUCACAGUUCAGUACUAUGUAGCAGUAACUUGUGCACUUGAUAAAGUGUCAUUAAUACACCAAGAAGCAACAGAGGAAUCAGGGAUUUGAAGUUCUCAAGGCAGAAAAGAUAUUAGUUAUGGUCAUCUAGGUUGUGGUACUGUGUAGUGUUUACUGACAUUUUGGAGGAACAUGUCACCUCCUUCUUAAAGUUGAGAUAGAUGUGAUAUAUUCUUCCAAAAUGUUAAUGACUGCCUACAAGACUACACAGUAUCACAGCCCAGAAGAUCAUAAUUGAUAACAAAUCUUUACAAUGUUACUUACAGUUACAGGUGUAAUCACUGUGUUUGGUGUUGUGGUGUAAUAGAAUAUUUAGGUUCGGAUGUACACUAAAGAAUCAUCACCACUGUUUGCUCCAAGAGAAAUGUACAUUUGGAAAGGUUCAGAUGUAAAAUUGUGACCCAUCAGAAAGUUGGGGCCAGCAAUAGAUUAUUCGUGUGGAAAAAAAGUUGUAGAGUGGUAUUGAAGCCAGAAAUAAUAUGAAUAUAAAAAUAUUUAUUUAUGUAGUAACUUUUCAGUUUUGGAUUAAUUUGCAUAAAUAUGUAAAUGUCAAUAAAAAUAGAAAACUGAAGAGAAUAUAGUAAUAACAUACUUAAAAAACUGAAGUAAUUUACAGAACAAUGAAGGUUGAAAAGUUGAUCACUAUACACAGAGUUUUAGCCAUGUUAUUAAAAUGGCUGAACCUGCCCAUUGCAGUUUUUGAAGAUUUAUAAUGUUUGCAUACAAAACAAAGUGCAAUAACUUGCCUGAAAGCUGUUCACUUUAAACCAUGUGGGACCUAUUUUACUGAGGAGGAUCAAUAAAUCCAUACUCAUUGCUUAUAUUUUUUGUGAAUUAGAAGUGAUAAACCAUUGAAAGUAUGAGACUUUUCCACAACUAAGACAAAGAAUAUUCUAAAACAAUUGUGAUUUCUAACAUUGAACUUUGAGACAUGGUAGACCACUUUGUAAUAUUCUAUCUUGUGGGCAACAGUGAGGCUUAUAUAUACCUGGUACUUUGUUUAGAUUCCAAAGUGUGACUUCUGUUGGUUUAAAGUUGCAUACUGUGUAUUUGUUUUUACAUAGCAGUAAUUUUUUGUAAAUACUGAAAUGUCUAAUUAAAUUUACAUCACUAGCCAUCAAAUGACGGCUCUAAAAUGUAUGUUAGUUUGAUCUGUAUUCAUUCUACAUUAUUUCAUUCCCAGUAGAAGACGUAAUAGUAGUAGUAGUAUAGGAUAAAGUGCUACUUUGGCUUCCUGAUAUAGGGAACAGUGGUCAAGCAUUACUUAUGGACUUGUAUCUUUACUUCUAUAAGCACAUAAACUGUUCUAGUAAUUUCCUGUUGAGAACAAAGACAUUGUUUAAUAAUUCCAGUUCCAAUAUAUAUUGCAUAUACAAGUGUGCAUGUGAUAACAAUCACAUAAUAAAAAGGACAUUAUUUUCUGUACAUAUCAUAGUUACCAUAUGUAUAUAAUUUAAUUUAUUUUUACAGUCUGUUAUGAUUUAGGAUAAUACAGGAAGUUCAUUAUGUGAUCUUAAUACAGGUAUUUUUAGGGCUUUUUUAUAAAGACAGAACAUUGAAAUAGUUCCAUACACAAAGCAGUAGAACAAAAUAAACUAUACAUUGCUUUAACUUUGUCUUAAUCAUAAUCUUUGUUUUUAUUAUUUCUAUAAUUUAGUAGGAUAAAAUUUUGUGAAAAAUUAACCCAUUGGUUUAAAGAGGUGGUUAAAUGUUCUCUCUUCUAGGAUAAAUUAAUGCUGGGGGCUUCCUCUGUGAACCUGAUUUCCAAAGAAAGAAACUUUAAAUUUACUGAAAGUAAAAUCAUAGUUGUGUCUAAGAUUUGAGGUUUUCACAGCGGUGAGUAUGAAGAUUUCUGUCUUCUGGGUUGUUGAUAUUCAUCGCCCUGAUGACGGAGGCAGUAUGACCUCUGAAACGUUGGUUAACAUCGACCAGACUACACAGCGCAACAACCCAGAAGACAUAAAUCUUCGUAGUUCUGUCUAUGCUAUUGUGAAGGGAAUACAAAUUAAAUUAUAAUUUUUAAAAUUAAAUUAUUGCGUCUUGAAGUGUUCUUUAUCAUUGCAUAUUACAAACUACCAAAGAGUUGUGGUAUGGCAAAAAUUAAGUCUGAUACAUGAAAUUAAAUUAAUAUCGUCUCAUAAGGAUUAUAUAUUUGGGAUGGAUGGGAAUGGGUUAUGCAAUGUUAUUCAACCUGGUCCUUGAACUUCAAAUUAAUGACUUCAAAUUGCUAUAGAAUAAAAGAAAUUAUUUAUGUAUUAUAAGCUGCUGUUCUAUACACAAUACUUAGAAAUAAUUUAUUUUGCUUCACUAUGAUUUUCUCAUUUUUAUGAAAAGAAAUUAUUUAUUACAUGAUCCAAGGUCAGAAUGAAAUAAACUAAAUUAAAUUGAUUUUUUUUAUUUCAGCCAUAUAUAUUUUGUACUCAAAACUCUUUAUAAUUGUCUUAUUUAUUUAUUUUUCAUCGAGAUAUUCAUCCUUUACUACUUUCAAUCCUUAUUUGAACUGUAAGUCUAAUAUGAAGACUUUAUAUUCAGGAAUCUUGCUUGAGACUUGAAGUGUUCACAGGAUUCUGUAUUGAUUGUAAAGUUUUCUGAGCAUCACAUACACUCACAAUUAAAAACAUUGCAGAUAUUUUGGUGGAAUUUAAAAAUUCCUCUGAAAUUCAAAUAAGUUUCAUGAUGGGAUACCCAGAAGACUGAACAAUAAUUUCUUUUACGUUGUAUGUUCUCUAGAUAUUAACUGGUUUGAUAUUUUACAGAUUAAGGUGUGUUGUUUCGCAUGUGAUUUGUGGGUAAAAUUAUAUCAACAUCACAUAAUUUUCUCUUCUCAACCACAUAAUCAGUUUGUUGUCAAAUUCUGUCAGUCAUUUGGAAUAGUCUGAAUUUUAUGUAAGCAAAUACUGAUAAACUUUGCAGAAAAUAAAUUAUAUGCCUUAAAAUACAGUUAAUUUAGGAAGAAUACUUGUUCCUUUUCAUACACAUGUGAGGUGACAUUUGAAAUGUGAGGGGAAAUGUUUUCAUGUUUCAGAUUUGUUAUAAAAGUGUUUUUGUUAAAUUACAACAGAUUUUAUUGUACAUAUGUCUAUUGUGACUGAAAUCCAUUUAAGGCUAAAAUAAACCAUUUUCAGUGCCCUUCUU